AGUAAACGAGCGAUAAUUGACGUUAAAACAAGAAACCGUUUGUUGUGAAUCAAUUUUUUGACAACAUGUUGUUUACCAUAAUCAAUUAUAUGUAUGUUGUGUUUUUGGGUAUUGCCAUUUGUGCCAGGACUAUCAAUAAAGACGGAAAGGUGAUUUGCAAGGAAAUACCCAGUGCCGUACUGGAAGAAGUACUGGGGGCGGCGUACAACGCCAGAUACAUGAGCAUCGGCGACCCCAUCGCAGAAGAAAAUACAGGGGGAGGCAAAAGGCGGGGGACGAACAGCGGCGGCGCGCUGGAUUUUUACGUGGACAGUGAUUUGGGCGAGACCAUCGACGAGCAGCCAGCUUGGUCGGUGAAGAGUCACGUGGAGAGCGUCAGGGAAAUGGGAAUAACACGCUACAAGCGUGAAAUCGACUACCUGCAAGAAUGGAACUGCCGAUCCCGCAUAAAAUGGACGGACCUGGGUCCCGACUACUUCCCCAGGUACCUGCGUACGGUCGAGUGCCUCGCCGACCGCUGCUGGUUCGACAUGUACAGGUGCCGGCCCCGUUCGUUCGCCGUGAAGAUCCUGAAGAGGCGGCGCGACAGGUGUGUGGCGGCGGCUCCAGGGGCGGGCAAAGUGGGGGUAGCGGGACUGCCGCGGGACUUGCGGGAGUUGUGGGUGUGGGAGGAGCGGGCGGUCAGCUUUUGCUGCGACUGCACGAUGUGAAUUAUUUCGGAUCGGUUUAUUAUACGGUUUUGUUGACGGUAUGUGGGGUGGUGUUUCGAUUUUUUUGUCCCAUUUCCACAUUUUAAGAAGUUCCUCGUCGAGAACUUCCUGGAUGGAAUGAUGUCUAGAAGUCCUGCAAAGGAGCUAUAUAUACCGGGUGACACAGGCAGACUCAUGACGGUAUACCCCUAUCCAUUGUAUUUCUAGCUAUAUUUCUGAAAUUCGAAAAAAUGGAAUAUGCUCACUAGAGGGUACUUUUCUCUCACUUCAUUACCUAUAUACACUUUAUUUUUUCAUCCUAUGGUUUUCCUGAAAAUGCCAUCAACUUAAAACUCCGAUAUUAAAAUGGAGUAUCCUAUAUAUAUUUUCAUUCCAUAAUUGGUUGGAGAUUAUAAAUAACGAAUUCAACAAUACUGUAUUAUAUAUUCGAUGAUCCAAAUUUCAGAAAUAUAGCUAGAAAAACAAAUGAGAAAAGGGGUGUAGACUAUGAAUUUGUAUCACCUGGUUCCUAAAACAUAUUAUUUCUAUCCAGCGACGAAGUUUCCAAUACGUCUUGAAUGGAGCACAACAUCUAUUAAAUUAGUUAUUUGUUUUAGUAGGCAGGAAAAAAGUUGCAAGUCGUCUUUUUUAUAUAGAAAAUCAUCGCCUUGUGAUUUUUCUCGGACACUUCUUGAACAUUUUGAUAAACCCACUAAAAAUACAACAUUUCUGUCUCUGUUGCUAUUUUUUUCGUAUCUUGCUUCGUUUUCGAGAAAAACGGAGAAUACCAUAUAUACCUUGGCAUAUCUCUGAACUCCAUAAGGAAAAAUAAAAAUGCUUCGAUAUUAUAUUUUGUCCAAAAAUGUAUUACACAUUAUUAUUCAUGAAACCAAAAGAUUUAAAUAACCUUACUUUUUUUAUACUUUGACACCCUAUAUCUCGAUGGAAACCGAAUAAGCAUUUUUGGACCCAUGUUAAUAAUGAACUUAUCUUUUCAUAUAUUGUUGGGGAGAAUGUCCCCUAUAUAGGCUCUUGUCACCGCAACUCUGAAACACCCUGUAUUUAUUAUACCGUUUUGUUGACGAUAUAUAGGGUGGUGUUUCUUUUUUUGAUUCGCUUCAGCGCUUUAGAAACUUUCAAGCUGAAACGUUGUUCAGGAUUCUUGAAGAAACGCUAUUAAGACUUCUUAAAACGUUGCUGAAACAUAUCCCGAUCCUAAACGUUUUUGAAAUGACUAGAAUGGAACGUUCCGAUUACGUCCCGAACGAAAGAGGACGGAGAUUCUCGUGUUUUUCUCAAAAUGAACGUUAUCAUGACGUCCUGAAUAAAACAUUUGAAUAUCUUAACUAACUCCUACCCCAAGUAGCACAGGUUAGGAAAAUUACGGCAUAAUGACGUCUUUUUUAGGUCAUUAUAUUGGUCUGUAUAUGGCUCCCUCAGCAUCAGAGACCAAAAAAUGUCAUUUUUCAUGAGGUCAUAUCAACGUAUAUUACUGUAUGUCAUAAAGACGUCCCAACAAAGUUAUCUUUUUUUCAUUCGUACACAAAACUUAUUGAGCUCUUUUUCACGUCAAUUGGUCAGUAUUGCGACCAAAUUAGGACGUCAUUUGAACGUCACUGUGCUACCUGGAACCUGAAAUAUUUAAUUUGAAGACGUUCCAACUAAAAUGUAGGUUGCAAGACAAGAAUGAAUAACAAAAAAACGAGAUCAAAUUAACACUGUACAAUAUUUUAUUUUAGAAUUUAUUACAAAAACUGAUUCAUAGGAUCUUCAUCUCUCUUCCUUCUCUUGAAAUAUUCCUCCAUCUCAUCUUCAGUAGGUUUUUUGGCCUCAUACAUACUAUUAUAAGGUCUUUUUCUGUCAUCUGCUAUAACGGUUUCCUCCUCCAUAACAGUGUUCUUAGUUUCAAAAGCAAGUUUCGAAUCUUUCUGUUUCCUCUUCAACUUUUUCAGUUUCUUCUUUUCCCUCUUCUUUUUCUUCUUCUUGGACUUUUCGUCAGAAGAAGACUCUGAGCUGCUGCUCUCGCCAUCCUGUGACUUUUCAUUCUUUGAAUCGCUAUUUUCCUCGAUUUCCUCGAUUUGGGAAAGUUCCGCUGCUCUGGAAUUUUCCGAAUUUUUGCCCGAUUCUCCAAGACAAUAGGAGUUCUUGAAAAAAGAGAGAGUUGUCAAAAGACACGUGAGGAGUUUUCCAGCAGGGUUAUUCUUGAGGAAGUUUAUGUAAUUUCAAUGAAUCACUGGGAAUUGAUAAUGAACUACUGAAAAAUCUAAAGGAAUAAAAUUUCGAUGAAUUACUG